AUGGGCGAAAGCAUAUACCGCAGCCGGCAUCACACCGGUCGUGAUUUGCUCUGCGUCUUUGGAGACUUUGACGAAGAAUUUGCGGAUUUUGUGUUUCGAGGAGUCAAUAUUCAGACAUCGCAUCACAAUGACUACUCCGAGCUCUUUACCCAGAGCUUGGAAGCUUGGGCAGAUGAUUGGGCGGCUCUCAUCGACUGUGCGAGCUCAAUGAAGCAAUCGCGAGAUGGCAACCCCGAAAGCCUGGACGGGAAGGACCUGCUAACAUUUAUCUGGGAGAUCUUCCGUCUGAACCGUGUGAUUGCCCCUCCUGAUCCGCGACCAUGGCAGGAAACGGAUCGCUUAAUUGCACUGGCGAAGAGAUUGGAACACUUGGCUUCUAAGAGCUCAGAUGAAAUCGAAACCGAAGUGCGACCCUGGCAAGAAACAGAUCGUCUCAUUGCCGUGGCCAAAUCCCUUGAGCUGCAUGAGGACCAGGAGGUGAAUAUCAAGUCAUCCCCUGAGCGCCUUGCCCUGCAUGCCCAAGUUGCAACACCCAGAAGACGAGUCUGCAAGGCUACCACUUCCCAUUAUUGGUUUGGGGGAACACAGGAUGCGAUCUCUUCCGUGAGAGACGCCACACCCAAUAUUUCACCACCGCAAGCGAAUCUUGAUCCGUCUCCAUCCCUAUCGCCAAACUUGCUCUUCCCGCCACAAGGUCCUGCUACACAGCCCACCGUAUGCCAGGCCUCGGUUCCUGGCCCCAAAGCUUCCCCCGAACGAAGAAGCCCGACCAAGAGUUCAUUGGAACGACGCAGCAGAGCUAAUGAUGCCUCGCCAUACUUCACUCCCUCGGAAUCUCCCCAAAAGGCACACACGCCAGGGAGACCCCAGGCAGGCAUGGUUUCUUGCGUGCCGUUCCCGCCCCUGACCUCACCUUGCUUCGGCCUUAUACAGGAGAGGCUGGCCCACGAACCUUUCUGGCUCCUUGUGGCUGUCACAUUCUUGAUACGGACAAAGGGCACUGCUGCUAUACCGGUGUUUUACGCGAUCAAGGAGCGGUUUCCUGCGCCGACUGACCUGGGAGAUGAAUCAAACGCAACAGAGAUACUCGAUAUGAUCCGCCACCUGGGCCUAUCUACCCACCGGCUGAGAUUCUUGCAGAGAUACUCGAGAGCUUUCAUCGAAGACCCACCCCGAGCGGGAAAAGUCUAUAGGGUGAGAAACUACGACCGCAGAGAGGAGCCGGAUUUCAACCAUGGAAACUUUGCCGAAUGUAUGGAGACGGGGAUGUUGACGCCCAAUGAUGACGAGGACGACGCAGACGCCUGGGAAAUCGGGCAUAUGACACAAGGCAAGUAUGCCAUUGACAGCUGGCGAAUCUUCUGUCGAGAUGUGCUCCUGGGACGUGCUGAGGAUUGGAAUGGGAAGGGCAGGGAGCCAGAGUUUCAACCAGAGUGGAUGAGAGUACGACCCGACGACAAAGAGCUACGAGCGUGUUUGAGGUGGAUGUGGAUGCGAGAAGGCUGGGAGUGGGAUCCUGUCACCGGAGAGAGAAUGGUUCUCCGGAGUGUUAUGCAGAAUGCUGUGAACGAGGGCAGAGUCGGAUACGACGAUGUUGGAGGUUUGAUGAUUCUCGAUGAUGUUUCAUAG